GAAAAGCACACAAGGCUGAGAACGCCUGGGGCUUUGCCAAGUCUGCGUGGCUGGAGCGAAGAUACAGAAAGCAUGUAUCAUUGGGUAGGAUCAGAGUUCCGACCUCGGAUGGAUCAUCUGUGGCAUUUCGGUGCGUCUGUUGGGGGGCCGACCCCUUGUAUCAUAGACCUUUGCAGCAAUGGUCAAAACGCCUAGGAUCACCUAUAGCUUGCUGAGCUCCUGUGCUACUUGAGCCUUUUUGCAUCUUUCAUCCCAUCUUGAAUCACCUUGCCAACCAAAGGCAAUAUAUCAUCAUGCUGUCUGUCGUAUUCCUACAUAUGUGGCUCACGUGUCUUUUGACAGUCGUCACACGUACCUCCGCGCAAGACGAGGUCGGAUGCACAGGCAACAUCAGCACCUACAAUGAUGCUGGCUUGGUGGUUCCAUUUCAAAACCUCUGCGGCAAAGACAUAGGCGCCGUAGUCGACUUCCUGGAUCCGACGGACGAACAGACUUGGUACGAUUGCAUGGCUCGCUGCGUCAAGAAAGAGCCGCUAUGUUACGGAUACGACUUCAGACCUUUCGGCGACGUCAACAAAAACUGCUGGCUCAUGAACGCUACGUUCGACGCUGACACGGCGGUGUAUCCUGGCUACGUGGUUGAUGCCGCCAUGUUGGGGCCUGACCUCUUGAACGAGCUGUCUGAUGACUGUUUAACGUUAGGAUUGUGGGGUUGCUUUCUCAAGAAUGGUGGAAUACAGAACGAGACGACAUCUACAUCGCCAGCUGCAAGCUCGACGACUUCUGUGACCUCGACGCCUUCCGCUUCCUCUAUCACGAACGCGGCUCCUUCCAAAUCUAACGGUCUUUCUGCCGGCGCCAAAGGCGGUAUAGUGGCUGGUAUCUUGGCUGUUACGGUGAUGCUAGUAGGCUCGCUCGUCGCCUUUGUUGUUGUCCGGAAACGAAAACAAAGAGUGCGGCAUGCCCCUGAUGCGAGUGCUGUGGAAGUCUCAGCUCAGAACCAAAGGAUAGAAUUGCUAGCACAUAAGGGUUCAUACAGCACUGCAGAGCUUGCGAGCCCAGAUUCUGUACACGAACUUGGUGGGUCUGGGCCUGACAAGUUGCCUGUAGCGAUGGGGGAGCUUAUGGGAAGUUCGCCAGAGCGGCAUGAGUUAAGUGGCACUGAGAAGCGCUAGAACAUAUAUGGUUUAGAUCAAGAAUGCAUCCUUUCCAGAACCGUUUCCCUCUGUCGCUUUCCCGUAAAGGACAACAUGUGAGACCAGCAAUAUAAAAACCCUUUGCAAGAGCAACCCUUAUGGAGGCUGUGCAGACAAGGCUGCGCAUCGUUCUCCACAUUGCGUCCAGACAUGGCCCCCAAAUCUCGCCCUAGCGUAACAUGAUCGCCGUUUCUUUGCCUUUACACUGGUGCUUACUUGCCUUCAUACUAUGCCAUCCCAACAGCGUUGCACUUGCGGCAAAACGUUCGC